AUGAAUGAAUUUGAAAACAAAUUCGAAGAUGGUAUCAAUGGCAACAGCAGCGAAGACAAAGAUUACAAAACAAGAAUAGUGCGCUUUGUGAAGCAAUGCUACUCUAAAACGGUGGAAUAUGUCUACAUGUUGAUUGGAACAUACAUACGCACAGUAAAAGGCGAUCAACGCGACGACACUGAAUCGGACAUGCUGGACACAGAGAAUAUGAAUAAUAAGAACGCAGACAGUCAUAUAAAAAUGCUGAAUGUGACUGAGUUUUUGAUUAUAUUUGCUGGAUGUAUUCCUGCAAUCUUAGAUAUGACCUUCCAUCAAGGCGUUUUGAUAAGCUUGCUAUCGACUUGCCUGUAUACGCUUUUUGCAAUAUCAGCAGUUUUGAUGUCAUGGCCGGAGAUAUCGAAGAUCUACAAUGAAUUAAAAGAAGAAAAAGCAUCGAGCCUGGUUUCGAUGAACAAUAUGCUUUUGGUAGCCGAGAUACUCACGGUUUUUGUUUCUAUGAUAACGUUUGGAAAUGCAUACUGGAAAAAACAGUCAGACGAAAUGAUGGAGAUCAGGAAGCUUUCGUCAAUUAUUCUGAUGAUAUGCCUUUCAAGGCUUCCACGGAAACUCAUGCAGCUGAAGGAUUGUGAUUAUCCAAUCCGCAUGAUUGCUUGGCCAAUUGCUUGUGUGAUCGUCUUAUUCAUAUCUAGUGCUAUUGCCAUGCUGUCAAAUAGGUUUGCGCCGGUGUACGCAAUGCUUUGCUUUAUUAUGCCUACAAUGGUACUGUUUAAUAAUGCAUUCCAGGACACAGACAUUCAAAGCGACGCAAACACCACAAAUGAAGUAAACACAUACUUCAAACAUAAUAGGCGCAGCAUAAUCAACGCAGUUGCAGCAAUGCUUGCAAUCAUAACGAUAUACGGGUUAUACAAGAUAAACUCUGACGUUUUUGCCAUAACGACGAAAAAAUAUAUCAAUCAUGACUAUGACAAUCAUUAA